AUGAACCACCUCUAUUUCCAGGACGUGGUGCUGGAGGAGCUGCCCUGCGCCCACGGCUCCCCGGCGCAGUUUGAGCUCAACGGGCGCAUCCGGCAAGUGGCUGCCGCUAGGGGGGGUGGGGAAGAUUUCGUUGGUGUCCGCUCAGACUAUCACUGUGGUGUUUGGAGGGUGCCGGGCAGGGUGGGGGCAGCCCCCACCCCGCUGCAGGUGAUCCACACCAGCACACCUGCCUCCUGCCUCACCGUCAGCCCUCACCUCCCCGGGGAGCUGGCUGUCUGCACCCAGACUGGAUCUGUCUACCUCUGGAGCAUCGAGAUGGGGCUGCAGCGGCUCCGCCACGACCCCCAGACCAUGUUUUUUCGGGACCAUUCGCCUUGGCGCUGGAGCGACUUCACUGCCCACCCGCGGGUGCUGAGCUGCGCCGACCGCACGGGCCUGCAGUGCCUGGAUGCCCGGGCACCCGAGAGAUGCCACUUCGACUUGUUCAAGGUGGGUGAGGAAGCUGGCUGCCAGCAGGGCGAGCGUGUGGUGCUGCCCAUGUACCUGGGCAGGGCUCACCCCUCCCAGCACCUCAUCACCACCCAGUUCUCUGUGUAUGUGCUGGACGAGCGCUUGCCGCUGGUGCCCAUGCUGAAGUGGGUGCACAUGAUGAAGGAGCCCCUGCUGCUAUUCCAGCUCUCCGAGGCUGGGGACGUCUUCUGCCAGUGGCUGACCCAUGAGGUGGCACAGCCCCUUGAUGUCACCUCGGGGGAUGAGGCUGCACCAGCCCCCGGCUCUUCCCCUCUCUUCGAGUCUCCAUCCAGCAGACCACCGGGCUUGGGCAGUGAGGAAGAAGAGGAGGAGGAGGAAGAGCAAACUUUCUAUUUGUCCAACCUGGAGGUGAUUAUUAAUGAGGAAGAGGAGGAGGAGGAGGUGGGCACACCA